AUGUUAUCAAGACUAUGGACAAAGUCGGAAGUGUUAAUGAAUGGUACGAUUCGUAUCUCCUUGUACCGUUCGACAAGAAGCCGUCUAGUGGUUGCUGUUGGAGACGUGCCAGGGCCCAUGGUUAAAGGAUGUAUCUCUUUUGUGACGGAGACUGAUUGCGAUGAUGGUCUCCCACAUACUUUGGAACAUUUGGUGUUUAUGGGCAGCAAAAAGUACCCAUUUAAGGGUGUUCUUGACAUUAUCGCAAACCGAUGUUUGGCUAGUGGAACGAAUGCUUGGACAUCUCAGGACCAUACAGCUUAUACUUUGAAUACUGUGGGAAGCGAAGGGUUCUUCAAAGUGCUACCCGUGUAUCUUAAUCAUCUGCUAUCGCCUAUGCUGUCGGAUGCUCAAUUUGCCACUGAAGUUCAUCAUAUUAACGGGAAAGGUGAGGAUGCUGGAGUAGUUUAUAGUGAGAUGCAAGAUCAUGAAUCGGAAAUGGCGAGCAUUAUGGAAAGAAGAAUGAAAGAAGUAUUAUACCCAAAGAAUAACUCUUACCGCGUGGAUACUGGUGGACGAUUAAAAAACCUUCGGGAGACGUGUACAGCGGAUCGGGUCCGCGAUUUCCAUAAAAAGUUCUAUCAUCUAUCAAAUAUGAUGGUUAUUGUUUCUGGACGUUUAGAUCAUGAAAGAUUACUCAAAAUUGUUGGCGCUACUGAGGAGGAACACCUGCCACAUGUGCCGACUUCUUUUCAACGGCCAUUUACGUCAUUGCAAUUGAAGCCACCAGUGGAGUCUAGUGAACACCAUGUGACUUGCCCAAAUGAUGAUGAGUCAAGGGGAAUCGUGGAAAUUUCUUGGUUUGGCUAUGAGCCAACUAAUUUUAAGGAAAAAGUGGCACUUGACGUAUUGUUCGACUAUAUGUCCAACACUCCUGUGUCACCACUACAGAGGGAAUUUGUGCUCACCGACAAGCCGUUAGCAAGUCAAGUUGGAUUUCAAGUCUCUGAACAGACAACAUGUGUUAUUCAAUUGACGUUCAGCGGAGUGCCUACGGAAAGACUCGAUGAUGUUAAAAAGAAGUUUAUGGAUAAAAUAGUUAAAGAACAUGUGGAGGACAAGGCCUGGGAUAUGGAGCGAAUGGGUUUUCUCAUUGGUCAGACUGUCAAGAAUGAGCUACAGGAGAUGGAGAAGCAUCCUGAUACGGAGUUGUUCGGUCACAUGAUUGGUCAUCAGUUAUACGACAAAAACGAAGAACAACUGAAGACUCGAGUGAAUGAGCUGGAACUUAUUCGACGACUCCGUUCUGAGCCCGCGUCUUUUUGGUCUGGUCUCGUCAAGAAGUACUUCACUAAACCACAUGUAGCAGUUAUCGGAAUACCAAGCGAAAAAAUGGUUGAACAAGUUGCCAAAGAGGAAAAGGCACGGCUGGAACAGCAGCGACAGAAACUCGGCAAGGAAGGCAUUAAGAGCUGUGGAGAGAAAAUAUGCUGCGCAAUGGAAGAAAAUACAUCUCGCAAACCCGAUGCCGAACUGCUCCAACAGUUGAUCGUGAAGAAACUGGAGGCUUUUGACAGAUUCCCUGUUGAUGCGAAAUGCAACGUUGGCGGAUCACCUGCAUCACAGUCAGUAGCGAAAUUCCUGGAGCAGUUUCCCUUCCCCACAACGGUCCACAACUGUCCAACCAAGUUCGUCGAGUUAUUUCUUCUCCUGGAUUCGAGUGCUUUGACUGUGGAACAGCGGGCUUGGCUUUGUCUCUACAAUGACCUGUUGUUUGAAUCUCCUGCAAUGAUCAAUGGCGAACUGAAGAGUGCCGAAGACGUAGCGAAACUGUACACGAAGGAUCUGGUUGACCACUCUAUUCAAGUUGGGAUUUCAAACUUCUUCGAUAAAUUGGUUGAUCUGCGAAUAGUGGUUGACGCAGAGACGGGUUUUCCCAAUCUAGCGAAGUGGGCGGAAAUUUUCACAACUGGCAUCGUAUUCGAUGCUCAACGUGUGAAACAGUGUGCAAAGAAGCUUGCCAGCGAUGCUCGAGAAAAGAAAAGGGAUGGAUGUAGCGUUGCCAGCACUGCUCUCAUCACAAUGAUCAAUCAGCAAAAUACUAAUGCUUAUAUGUAUGAUGAACUUGUUUUGGAAAAAUUUCACGAGAAAAUUGCCAGGCGGUGUGAUUCUCAUCCAGCAGAGGUGGUCGCAAAGUUGGAAGAGGUCCGAUCCGCUUUGUUUUCUCGAGGCAUCAACGGGCACUUUGUGUGUAAUGUGGACCUUAUUGAUAGCAAGUUAUUUGACCCUCGUCUAUGGAGUUUCGUGGAAAAGAGUUUCGGACAUGCAGGCAAAUUUUUGGGUAAAUCAGGCGAGUCUGUAGAUCCCAACUUUGUUGGAAGACAAAGUGUACUAGGUGUGGGUGGGUCGGAAUCGUCAUUCAUCUACCAAACGUGCCAGAUGGACUGUGAUUGGAUGGAUGAAGAGCUGGUUCCUACCAUGUUGCUUACACAAUAUUUGAGCCAAUGUGAAGGUGAUAUGGAAUCCGAGUUUGAAGUCAUAACGGCCGCUGAUCUGUGUGCACAACCAGUACAAGCCUAUGAGCAGACGAAAAAAAUUGUGAACGAUCUGCUCAACAGUGGUUUGGUAGUGGAGUCUGAGUUUGAAGCAGCGAAACGGUCGCUGAUAUGUGAGCUAAUGCAACGCGAAGAGACGGUCAGCGGAGCUGGAAAGUUGUCUAUUAUAGGACACAUAAGAGGCAGCCCACCGGAUUAUAGGACACAACUCUGCAAACGUGUAUGGACUGCGUCUGCGGACGAUAUGAUUCGCUUAGGUGGCCCGAGAGUAGCGAAUUUGUUCGAGAAGUACGCACGAGCGAUCGCUGUGCAUCCAUCGAAGAUACCGGAGAUCAAGUCAGCUUUCGAGAGUAUUAAAGAAACCGCCGUUUCAUCGCUGAAUUUCGUUCCACCGUGCCCUGCCUGA